AAAUAGUCUCUGGGUGGGACUCCAGGCAGCUUUGUGUGUGGGUGGGUCUGGGUGUAUGCCCAUGAAGAUGUGUCCAAGAGGCCUGAGCUGGACCCUCAGGAGUUUCACAGGAGGGUCAUGGGUCAGUGUGGUCAAAGUAAUAACUGCCUUCUCUCCUUGGCUGUCUCCUUUUGUACAGUCUUAAAGGGUCAGAGCUCUUCUUGCUCAACAGCCUAUCCUAUCCCCCACAUCUUUUUCUGUAAGGGUGGAGGGAUAUUUUUUUCUUCUUUUAGAGAUAGGGAAACUAGGGCCUAGAGAUGAAAACCUGUUUGCAAGAGAGACAGAAGUAGCAUCAGGGAGGAAUCCAGGCCCCUUCAUGUCUCCUUCCCCUUUGUCAAUUUGCUGGGCCUGGUGCUUUCUGUUGUGGGGCUCUGCUGGCGAUAUGUGGGAAAGGCCCUGACCAGGUCUUGGGGGGUCCAGCAGACUCGGAGAAACUGGAAGCUGGUGGGAUUGUUUGGCUUUGUGACAUUUGUUUUGGUCAAGGCUGUGCCUGCCCCCUUUCCUUUCUUUCCUUCCCAGCACGACAUGCUCAGGGCAUAGGCUGUGGGCAGAGUGGAGUGCCAGCUGGAGAAGUCUGGACUCCUGAGACUUACUGAGUCAGCUCUGCCUGGUGAGCCCCCUUCUGCAGGGGUUGUGCUUCCCUCUCAGAUCCUCCCACCUCUGCCCUUGCCUUCCCUCAGCCUGUAGGGGUUCUGCCAGGUAGACAUGGAGAGGUCUGUGUGACUUGGAUAAUGGAGGUUGGGCUAUUGAACUCUGACUUCCUGCUUCCUCCUCUGAGUCUGGGCUAGUGAAGGGAGAGGAGAGGCCUGGUGGGUUCUCAUCAGUCCCUUGUCCACCUCAGCUGGACACUGUUCCUUAGUAGGGUUGGUUGUGCCUGGCAGUAGUGCCAACUGGGCUACUAUGUUGACCUGUCCGGGAGCCACCUCCAGUCACACCAGGCCUAGAGUCUAAGCCACGACCAAGGGAACAGAAGCUGUCCAGAGGCAUCUGUUGGUGGCUUGGGAAGGACAUUUCCCAGCUAUGAGAUUUUAUUUCCUUAAGUAAAAGGCUAAAAUAAUCAACCUUGAGUUGAUGGGUUGCCUUUCCAGAUAUUGGUGGUCCCAGUUCUCCUUGCAGCUACUUCUGCCAGGGUUGACAGGAGUAUGGUAGUAGCUGAAGGCUUCCACCAGCACCGGAGCAGGCAGCCUGGGAGCAGCUCUGUGCCCUGCCAGGAGGGGCCUCCUGAGGGGGCCUGUAGAACUGGCUGUGCCUCCUGGCGGGCUUUCCAGAUCCCCCCAGUAGGGGGAGAUGCUGUCUUCUCUUGUUUGGGAAGGAGGGAGAGGAAGAGGGAACUGGAAACUGGGGACCUCAUUUUAGGACUAUGGGGAGGCCUCAGAACUGGGAUCAUUGAUUGGGAGCACCCCUCCCCUCCUCAGGCCCUUCCCGCCAAGUUUUCCUGGGGCUCCAGGACUGGCUGUCCCACUUGUAGAGUUAGAGCUCCUCCAGGGAGCACCUCCACCCAGCUUGUCCUCUUCAAGGGGUUCUGCGUCUGCUAUUCCCAGAGCUCAGGGUGGCAUCUGGGCUGGGGUUGCAGGUGCCCAGUGCCAGGCAGAGGCUUGGAUACCAUGUGCCUUUGGACUCCACGAAAGUAAAAUGAAACCACGUAUUGUAGCUGGAGCACUCAGGUGUCUACUUCCCCUGUGGACACUCUUCAGAGAGGCCCAAGAAGAGCAGGGGACCACGAGGCUAGGGAGAAAGAUGGGAUGUCAGGCCGGGAACCAUCCUUGGAAAUCCUGCCUCGGACCCCUCUACACAGCAUCCCUGUGGCAGUGGAGGUGAAGCCGGUGUUGCCAGGAGCCAUGCCCAGCUCCAUGGGUGGUGGGGGUGGAGGCAGCCCCAGCCCAGUGGAGCUGCGGGGUGCUCUGGCAGGCUCUGUGGACCCUGCAUUGCGGGAGCAGCAGCUGCAGCAGGAGCUCCUGGCGCUCAAGCAGCAGCAGCAGCUGCAGAAGCAGCUCCUGUUUGCUGAGUUCCAGAAACAGCAUGACCACCUGACACGGCAGCAUGAGGUCCAGCUGCAGAAGCACCUCAAGCAGCAGCAGAUGUUGGCAGCCAAGAGGCAGCAGGAGCUGGAGCAGCAGCGACAGCGGGAGCAACAGCGGCAGGAGGAGCUGGAGAAGCAGCGGCUAGAACAGCAGCUGCUCAUCCUGCGGAAUAAGGAGAAGAGCAAAGAGAGUGCCAUCGCCAGCACUGAGGUGAAACUGCGGCUCCAGGAAUUCCUCCUGUCAAAGUCAAAGGAGCCCACGCCAGGCGGCCUCAACCAUUCCCUCCCACAGCAUCCCAAAUGCUGGGGAGCCCACCAUGCUUCUUUGGACCAGAGUUCCCCUCCCCAGAGUGGCCCCCCUGGGACGCCUCCCUCCUACAAACUGCCUUUGCUUGGGCCCUAUGAUAGCCGUGAUGACUUCCCCCUCCGAAAAACAGCCUCUGAACCUAACUUGAAGGUGCGUUCAAGGCUAAAGCAGAAGGUGGCUGAGCGGAGAAGCAGUCCCCUCCUGCGUAGAAAGGAUGGGACUGUCAUUAGCACCUUUAAGAAGAGAGCUGUUGAGAUCACAGGUGCCGGACCUGGGGUGUCGUCAGUGUGUAACAGCGCGCCAGGCUCUGGCCCUAGCUCUCCCAACAGCUCCCACAGCACCAUCGCUGAGAACGGCUUUACUGGCUCAGUCCCCAACAUCCCCACCGAGAUGCUCCCCCAGCACCGGGCCCUCCCUCUGGAGAGCUCUCCCAACCAGUUCAGCCUCUACACGUCUCCCUCUCUGCCCAACAUCUCCCUAGGGCUGCAGGCCACAGUCACUGUCACCAACUCGCACCUCACCGCCUCCCCAAAACUGUCAACACAGCAGGAGGCCGAGAGGCAGGCCCUUCAGUCCCUGCGGCAGGGUGGCGCACUGACUGGCAAGUUCAUGAGCACCUCCUCUAUCCCUGGCUGCCUGCUGGGCGUGGCACUGGAAGGUGACACGAGCCCCCAUGGGCACGCCUCUCUGCUACAGCAUGUAUUGCUACUGGAGCAGGCCCGGCAGCAGAGCACCCUCAUUGCUGUGCCUCUCCAUGGACAGUCCCCACUGGUGACAGGUGAACGAGUGGCUACCAGCAUGCGGACGGUGGGCAAGCUCCCGAGGCAUCGGCCCCUGAGCCGCACUCAGUCCUCGCCGCUACCCCAGAGCCCCCAGGCCCUGCAGCAGCUGGUCAUGCAACAGCAGCACCAGCAGUUCUUGGAGAAGCAGAAGCAGCAGCAGUUGCAGCUGGGCAAGAUCCUCACAAAGACUGGGGAGCUGCCUCGACAGCCCACCACCCACCCUGAGGAGACAGAAGAGGAGCUGACAGAGCAGCAGGAGGCCUUGCUGGGGGAGGGAGCCCUCACCAUACCCCGAGAAGGUUCCACGGAGAGUGAGAGCACGCAGGAAGAUCUGGAGGAGGAGGAUGGGGAGGAAGAAGAGGAGGAGGAGGAGGAGGAGGAGGAGGACUACAUCCAGGUCAAGGAUGAGGAGGGCGAGAGUGGUGCUGAGGAGGGACCUGACUUGGAGGAGUCCAGUGCUGGUUACAAAAAGGUGUUCUCAGAUGCCCAACAGCUACAGCCACUGCAGGUAUACCAGGCACCCCUCAGCCUGUCCACUGUGCCCCACCAGGCCCUGGGCCGAACCCAGUCCUCACCUGCUGCUCCUGGGGGCAUGAAGAGCCCCCCAGACCAGCCCACCAAGCACCUCUUCACCACAGGUGUGGUUUACGACACAUUCAUGCUGAAGCACCAGUGCAUGUGCGGAAACACACACGUGCACCCUGAGCACGCUGGCCGUAUCCAGAGCAUCUGGUCCCGGCUGCAGGAGACGGGCCUGCUUAGCAAGUGUGAGCGGAUCCGGGGUCGAAAAGCCACACUGGACGAGAUUCAGACAGUGCACUCUGAAUACCACACCCUGCUCUAUGGGACCAGCCCCCUCAACCGACAGAAGCUGGACAGCAAGAAAUUGCUUGGCCCCAUCAGCCAGAAGAUGUAUGCCAUGCUGCCCUGUGGGGGCAUCGGGGUGGACAGUGACACCGUAUGGAAUGAGAUGCACUCCUCUAGUGCUGUGCGCAUGGCAGUAGGCUGCCUGGUGGAACUGGCUUUCAAGGUGGCGGCUGGAGAGCUCAAGAAUGGAUUUGCCAUCAUCCGGCCCCCAGGACACCACGCUGAGGAAUCUACAGCCAUGGGAUUCUGCUUCUUCAACUCUGUAGCCAUCACAACCAAACUCCUGCAGCAGAAGCUGAACGUGGGCAAGGUUCUCAUCGUGGACUGGGACAUUCACCACGGUAAUGGCACCCAGCAAGCAUUCUACAAUGACCCCUCUGUGCUUUACAUCUCCCUGCAUCGCUAUGACAACGGGAACUUCUUUCCAGGCUCUGGGGCUCCUGAAGAGGUUGGCGGAGGGCCGGGUGUGGGGUACAAUGUGAACGUGGCAUGGACGGGAGGUGUGGACCCCCCCAUCGGAGACGUGGAAUACCUAACAGCCUUCAGGACAGUGGUGAUGCCCAUUGCCCACGAGUUCUCACCUGACAUGGUCCUAGUCUCCGCCGGGUUUGAUGCUGUUGAGGGACACCUGUCUCCGCUGGGUGGCUACUCUGUCACCGCCAGAUGUUUUGGCCACUUGACCAGGCAGCUGAUGACACUGGCGGGGGGUCGGGUGGUGCUGGCCCUGGAAGGAGGCCAUGACUUGACCGCCAUCUGUGAUGCCUCUGAGGCCUGCGUCUCGGCUCUGCUUAGUGUGGAGCUACAGCCCUUGGAUGAGACAGUCUUACAGCAAAAGCCCAACAUCAACGCAGUGGCAACGCUAGAGAAAGUCAUCGAGAUCCAGAGCAAACACUGGAGUUGUGUGCAGAAAUUUGCUGCCGGUCUGGGUCGUUCCCUGCGGGAGGCCCAGGCAGGGGAGACAGAGGAGGCCGAGACUGUGAGCGCCAUGGCCUUGCUGUCAGUGGGGGCCGAGCAAGCCCAGGCUGUUACAGCCAGGGAGCACAGCCCCAGGCCAGCAGAGGAGCCUAUGGAGCAGGACCCUGCCCUGUGACGCCCUGGCCCCCAUCCCUCUGGGUUUCAUCAUUGUGAUUUUGUUUAUUUUUUCUAUUAAAAACAAAAAGUCACGCAUUCAAUGACGUGUGCCGUGUGGGUCUCUCAGCCUCGCCCCUCCUGUUCCUCUAAGCUGUCUCAGGCCCCUUCCCCUAUGGCCCACAUCUUAGCUCUAGAAGUUUGCUCCCUCUGUAGGGUAUGGGGGUACCUCUUGCAGCCCCUCCCCAUAUUGUAUCUCUUACCCACUUUCCCAAAUUCUGUUCUUUUCCCCCUUGGAGCCUGGGCCAGCUCAAGGUGGGCAUGGGGGCCCAGAUAGUACCUUCUGGUUCUGGAGUCUCCCUGAGUGAGGAGAGAACAGGAAGUUUGGUGCCUUGGCUUCAGCUGACUUGGGGGGAGAUGCCUUAAUUUCACCCUCCUCUCCUCUCCAACUUUGGGAGGUUCUGGAGGGUCUCUAUAUGGUCUAGGAUGUAGAGUGGAGGGGAGGUGGGCUCUCAUCCAAUGCUUCCCCACCCUUUUUCCCCUCUGUUGACCUCACCAUCUUGUGCAGGUAUCUUUCUCUCCUCCUUUCUCUUGGCCUCAGCACCAGAGGGAAGCUUAUGCCCUAGGAUGUGGGCCUGAGGUCUAUGGGCAGGGCUGUCUUGCUUUACACUCCUCAGGACCUAUUUUCCCUUCCAAGGGCUGGAGUGGAUGGGGAGGGAUGGGGCUGGACUCCUGGGUUCUGAGGGGCCCGGGGGAGCCACAGAUUGAGGCCUGCUUUCUACCUUACUCUGUUGGCCUUGCCCCUCUGCUGGCACAGACUAGGGAGGGGAAGAAGGUGGUCCCUGCAGGUGGCGCUGGAAGCUGGUGAGAGCACCCUGUUGUUCAAGACCAGAUUUCCAGCAUGCUGCAAGUAGUAGGGUCAGUGGCCCACCUCCCUCCUGAGACCUUUUGCUUUGAAGCCUGGGGAUGGUGAGAAUGGGGGCUCAAGAAGGGGCAGGACCAGAACCUGGAAACCCAGGAGUCUACCCUCAGCUGGAGCUCCCCUUCCUCCUGGGCUUCCUUUGCUGGCCACCAGCCCACGGAACCUAAGACCAGGAAGGGGUACUGCCCUUUCUCUUUCCUAGGAGCCCAGCCUCGCCCUGUUCUGGGGCUGGGGGCCCACAAGGCUUCUAGAGAAUGCUGUCCAGCCUGUAGGAAACCAAAGAUGGGAAGUGGCUCCUAGGGGGCUGAGUCUGCCUUCCUCCUCCUUCCCAAAACUACAUAUAUUUCUUUCAUCCCAUCCCUAGGGCCCCACCAAUCUGUUUACAUAUUUAUUAUCCUGAUGGGGGCCUGAGCAGGGUUGAGGGAGUCAGGGGAAGGGCAGGAGUCCCACCACCAUCAGUUCAUUGUGCACUUGUGUCUUGUAUGUUCUAGAUCCUCCUGGGAGAUGGGGAUGGGGCUGGGCUCAGGGUGUCAGGCCUCCCCAUGCUGAGCCCCAGCUCUGGACUCCUUACCCCCCAUCUUCAUGUGGUUGGUCUGGUUCUCAUGUAAACCCAUUCCUUGCUUUGUCUCCCUGGAUAUGGUUUUCAGUUAAGUAUUUUGUAACCCAUUACAUUGUGUGUCCUUGUAUAAAUAAAUUUGUUUCUGGCAGUGCC